GGAAGUAGUGGGAAGGGGUACGAGGAACAGGGGCCCCAUCACUCACAGAACGGGUAUGACAGAGGGAUGGAGACCCGAAGAAGACGGCUGAUGUGACUCGACUGACUCUUUAUUUUUAAUUAGUAUUCAUUUUUUUCCUUCUUCUAACUUGAGCCUUACGAGCCCUGUCUGCAGAUGCAACCUGUCUGUCAUCCCGUCCGUCCCAGUAAUCCCCUUUUUUUUCCUCCACGGGGGCUACAUGCAGGGGACACAAUGACAACUCUGGUGAAUGCAGACGAGAUGGAGUAACACGUCAAGAACAGCGCAGGAUGCGCAUUCCCAGCCCGUCAAGGAAGAAGGUAAAGCAACCUGGCAGGUUUUCUGGUGUCGGUGUCGAGAUUUUCCGCGGUGCUGUGGACUGAGCGUUUCCUUCAUCGCCCCCCUGCUGCCGGUGUCGGUGUAUAAUGGAGAGCUCCAAUGGCUCUGGAAGCGACACCAAACCGCAGAACCACCAGUUGGAGAAGAAGAGACUGAACCGAGCGCCUUCCCCGGCCAGACCUUUCCUCAAGGAUGUGCACUCUCGCUCCACCAAACCACCUGCCAUCGCACCGAAAUCCCCCAAACUCCACAAGCAGCAGCAGCAGUGUGCCUCGGUGCCCUUGGGCCAUCCGAACCGCAGCUCCAGGCGCCACACAACCGGUGCUAAAGAGAAGCCCGCCCCGACAAAAAGUAACACCAAGUCUUGUGUCGUGAAAAAGCCCACAAAGGUGCCUCAGCAUGCAGCAGUCGAGCCCAAAGCCGCCAGCAUCAAGCCGGACAGCACCGGCAGUCCUAUCCUCGCCAAAGGCAAAAAGGGGAAACUAGCGCUGGGGUCCCCGGGCCCUCUCGGCCAUGGAUCCCCGAUCCGGGUACCGACUGGAGGGCUUCUCGGCCGGGUCAGCCAGACCGACAGCAGCUCAGACCUGUCGGACUGUCCGUCCGAGCCGAUCUCGGACGAGCAGAAGCUGGCACCGGCUGCUAGUAGUGACGCUGAGUCCGGCACCGGCUCCAGUGACCGGGAUGUGGGAGGCGAUAAUCCUCUGCGGGCAGAAGCGACCGGAACGGCCGCUGCUGCUGCUCCUCCGUUGCGCACAACCGAGGCUUCCGCCGCCAAGGAAAGCAUGUCUCAGGCUCAGUCCGCUCCGGGGGCGCACGGAGGGAAACACAUGCAGGAGAACCCCCCACCAGGCGCCCAUGAUGUGACGGAGGAGGACCUGCUGCGGGAGGUGGACGAUUUGAGAUCCGAAAACGACUACCUCAAGGAUGAAGUGGACGAGCUGCGGGCGGAGAUGGAGGAGGUGCGAGACAGCUACCUGGAGGAGGAGGUCUACCAACUGCAGGAGCUGCGGCGAGAUCUGGACCGCUCCAACAAGAACUGCCGCAUCCUGCAAUACCGCCUGCGGAAAGCCGAGCAGAAGAGCCUGCGGGUCGCACAGACCGGCCACGUGGACGGAGAUCUGCUCUGUAGUCUGGAGCAGGACUUGAAGGUGGCCAAAGACGUGUCCGUGCGUUUGCACAACGAGUUGGAAAGUGUGGAGGACAAACGCAGCCGAGCUGAGGAUGAGAAUGAGCUGCUCAGACAGAAGAUCAUCGAGGUUGAGAUCUCCAAACAGGCGCUGCACAACGAGCUGGAGAGGACCAAAGAGACUGCACUGAGAAGACGAGGAAGCAGGGAAACAUUUAAAGACAAGAAGUCCAUAAAUCAGGAGGACAGUGCAGACCUCAGGUGCCAGCUGCAGUUUGCCAAAGAGGAGUCUGGCCUGAUGAGAAAAAAGAUGGCGAAGCUUGGUCGAGAGAAGGACGAACUGGAGCAGGAGCUGCAGAAGUACAAGUCUGUUUACGGGGACGUGGACAGUCCCCUUCCUCUGGCCGAGUGCCCUGGUGGGGGUCCUCACACCACUCGAGAGGCUGAGCUGCGAUUACGGCUCAAGCUGGUGGAGGAAGAGGCUAACAUCUUGGGCAGAAAGAUUGUGGAGCUGGAAGUAGAGAACCGCAGCCUGCGGGCAGAAAACGAAGACAUCCGCUGUCAGUAUGAAAGAGACUGCUUUGGGCGGGAACCAUUCUCCAGCAUGCCGUCGUCGCCGUACGGUGGCGACGCGCUGGAUUCGGCGAGUGAGCUACGUCGCCAUCUGCAAUUUGUAGAGGAGGAGGCUGAGCUGCUGCGCCGCUCCAUCUCAGAGAUUGAGGACCACAACAGGCAGCUGACAUCUGAACUUAAUCACUUCAAGUUUGGCCCCAGCAGCAGCUCUGUUGGCGAGGAGGGUAGUGAGGGAGGCUUAUUUAAACCUGGUAAUGGGGGGAACGGCAACAGCUCCAGCGGUGGAAUGAUGAUGGAGGAGCUUAAAUCAGCCAGGAUGCAGAUCAAUGAGCUGAGUGGAAAGGUGAUGAAGCUGCAGUACGAAAACCGAGUCCUCGUGUCCAAUGUCCAGCGCUGUGACCUGGCUGCACACCUGGGCCUGCGCACAGGCAGCCCUCGAGACAGCGACGCAGAGAGCGAUGCAGGCCGGCGAGAAGCAGCAGAGGAAGAGGAGGCAGGGCGUCUUCUUCUCCUACACCCCAAGCGAGAGGGGCCCAUUGGGGGCGAGAGUGACUCCGAAGAUCUGUUUGAGAAAACCGCAACCACCUCAGGGUUUGGAAGCAUCAAACCAUCCGAUGGCAGUGAGCUCAGCGCCACUGAACUGGUCAAUCGCAGGAGAGAAGAACGUGAGUCAUUCACCAACGUGAAACGCGAGGCAGAUAGGCUUGGAAAGACGGUGGACCGUCUGAUCACAGACACAGACAGUCUGAUCUUUGAGGGCAGGCUGCUGGUGACGACAGGAGAGAGUCUGGAAGGAGGGGAGGCGUCUGGAUCCAAACCAGACACCCAAGUCCUGGACACCAUCAACACUCGCAUGAAGGCUUUCCGCACUGAGCUACACAUCUUCAUGGAGAAGUUGGACUAUGUGGGGGAGGUGCUGAGAGAAAGGACAGACGAUCUGUCACCCAUGCCAAACCUCACAGAGUCCAGCAGCUUCCUGUCCACAGUCACCUCCAUGUCCCGUGACUCUCCCAUUGGCACCUUUGGAAGAGACCUGGUUACAGACUUCCAGUCCGGUCAGAGGGAUGAGCUGGAGUGGCGUCUAGGACAGGAGCGAGGCGUGGAGCCCCAGAGCCAGAGCCAGGGUUGGGGCCAGGCCCAGAGCAGGGGAGCCACAGGACUCACUAGGUACCACAGACCCCUGGCUUUAAGAGCAGAGAUCCGGGACAUGCCUGCUUCUGACAUCCAGCUUCGUCUGGAUCAUGAGCGAAGGCUGAGAGCGGAGGACCAGGAGGCCGUCAGUCCUCUUCCUCAGCAUGAAGACAAGCGACUGCGUCUGGAGGCCCAACGUGGAGCUCUGGAGUUGCAGGGCCUUCAGACCCAUGAAGUGCCCUGGCCUCAGGAGAGAGCCGUGCUGCAACAGGAGGUCCGCCUCUUCAGACGCAACACCAUCAUCUUCUACAUGAAGCUCAGGUGGAUCCUCGUGCACUGGAGGCUCGGCCGCAAGGACGACUCCGCAGAGGAAACGGGGAACACAGAGUUUGAGAAGUUGGAAGGCAUCCCAGAGCUGGGAGUGAUAAUGGAACAGGCGGAGGGGGAGUCAGAUCGAGACGACCGACUAUGUUUACCACAAACUCCAGUGAACAUCCCCAACCCCAUCAUCCCUCUGCCCUUACCUGAUCCACACCUGCAGCAUCAAAGACAGUUUGGGGAGAACCGGCAAGUGCUGCAGGCCCUGCGGACGCUGCUGGAGGAGUUUCAAACGGAGCUGCAGGAGGAGGAGGAGCGGCGAUGCCAACUGCAGCAGUCCUACGCAAAUGACAAAGCCGCCUGGGAGGUCAAGUGGGCAGAGAUGAAGUGCCAGUUCGCCCAGCUGGAGGUGGAGACACAAUGCCAGGUGCGAGGCGAAACUCAGGGAGGUGAAGGGGAACCGACCGAAGACCCCGAGUGGGCCUUGAAGCUGGAGCGCGAGGAGCACCGGCAUCUGCUGGCCGACAGCCACAACACCUCCCUGGACCUCCGCUGGAAGCUGCAGCACGGAGAGAAGAGGUGGAGCCGCGAGAGGGGAGACCUGCUGGAGCGCUUCGACCGGGAGCGGCAGGAGUGGGACGGCAGCAUGAGGGAGCUCCAACGCAAGAUGGAGAGGCUGCAGAGAGAGCUGAACACCCGCGACAUCACAGACGGUGGCUCGGACCACAGAGGCGUGUUCUUUCCUCAGGACCGUCCCUGCAACGCCCCCCGGUCGCCGCGCUCCCCCUGUAUGGCCACACCCAUCCCUGCUGCCCCUCCCAUGCGCUCCCACUCUGACUCUGAGGCCAUGCUGGAGGAGCAAGGGGCUGCGAAGAGGCUGAAAGGCCCAACGGAGAACCUGUUCCUGGAGGCGCUGUCACUGGACCCCCUCAGCGAGCGGAAGAUCCCUUCACCCUCCGGACUGGAGAGUGAGAAGAGGUUCCCCUGCAUGAAGGAGGCCCUGAAUGAGAUUUUGGAGAGAGAAGUCGAUCCUGCGAGCCCAGAUGACGAGAUGGGCAGUGGGAGUCUGCUCAGAGCCAAGUCUGUGUGCUCCAUGAGCGACUUCCAGCGGUUAAUGGACAGCUCGCCGUUCCUCCCCGACAAGACUCACCACGGUGAUCUGGCCCAAGACGACUUCACCCCGCCUCUGUCCCCGGACGACCUCAAGUACAUUGAGGAGUUCAACAAUAAGGGCUGGGACUUUCCAGCAUCCACCUCUGGCCCGGAUUCUGCCCUGGAAGUGUGGACAGACAAACCCACCGAGGCCCGAGGAAGGGAGCUUGUUCUUGAACCAUUCCAGCCUGCCUCCUGGUUCCUCACCACCAGCGCCACCCUGACCACCAGCACCCUGAGCAGCCCCGAGCACUGCCACAAGUCCCCGCUGAGGGGCAACGGAGCGGGGGCUGCAGGGAUGGGAGUGGAGCACUACGGGGUCCACAUGCUACAAAGCCCCACCAGACCUGGGGCAGUUGAGCACCCUACUGCCCAAGACCCAGACUUCCUGUUCGCCAAAGUGACCAAAGCCAGGGGCGGAGGAGAGGCCGGGGUGGGAGCCAGUGGGUCAGAUGAGGUGUUCAGCAGUGGGAGGUGGGCACGUGGGCUCCUGGACGGUGGGGGGUUGAGGACUUCUCCUAGCCAGUCUCCUAUCUGCCCCGCUGUGGGCUUCACCUCCUCUCUGGAGCUUCAGCUCUCCAGAAACAUGAGUGACGACAUGAAGGAGGUGGCCAUCUCUGUGAGGAACGCCAUCCGUUCACCGCCAGGGCCCGUCGUUAGGGACACCUCCUGCCAGACCAACGGACUCACCACGCGAGGCACUCAGACCACUCAGACCAUCAGUGUGGGUCUACAAACGGACCUGUUGAGGAACCUGACCAGCAGCCCCCACCGCUGCCUCACCCCAAAAGGUGGGGGGACGCCAAUUUCUUCCCCAUCACGCACCCUGAGGAAGGUUCAGUACUCCCCUGUCAUACAGAGUAAGUUUGAGCGACCCUGCUGCUCGCCAAAGUACGGCUCGCCCAAGCUUCAGCGCAAACUGUCCACAUCCAACAAGGCUGAGCUCCCCAACACCAACCGGGCACCCACCCCCACCACGCCGCAGAAGGGCAACAACGAGUCAGCGUGGGCCCGCUCCACCACCACCCGCGACAGCCCCGUCCAUACCACAAUCAACGAUGGCCUCUCCAGCCUCUUCAGCAUCAUCGACCACAACCCCGUGGCCUACGACUCCAUGCCGAAGUUCAACAAGUCCCCCAGUCACUCUCGCCCCACCCCUCCCUCCACCACCGAGCCCAGCCCUGCCCACGGGGCUCUCGCCACGGACCCCAGGAACGAGUGUUUACGGAUAGCUCGCGGGCGCUCGCCCAGCCCCGUGCAGCUGAUAGUGGAGACUCAGGGGGACAAAAACGCAGAAGUGGUGAGCGUAAGGCAGGACCUGUCGGCCCCGCCAGGCUACACGCUGGCUGAAAACACCGCUCGCAUCCUUAACAAGAAGCUGCAGGAGCAGAGCUGCAGAGAGGAGCGGCGGCUGCAGGCCGAAGGACAGAGCGGCCGUGGCAGAGACAGCAGCCGGCAGGCCGACUCCGACAGAGGACAGUCUGGAUGUAUGGAGAUGGAAAGCACUGACUGAUGCAAUGGACCUGCCUCGCUCUCCGGUGGCUCCACCCCUGGACUCCUGUUUCCUGAGACCGGCCUGCCCAGCCAACCGCCGCCCCCCCUCGCGCUGGGCCUCCCUGUCCCCCUCCCUCUCCCCCAAGUGGAGCCAGGGCACAAAAAGGAGGUUCACCUUCCCGCCGCCGGGACACCGGGAGAGCAUCCUGGAGGGCGAGGAGCCAGCGUGAGGCCGUCCUCUACCUCCUCCACCUCAGCCUAAAGGACCCAAUACCUCAGAAAACCCUCAAAACUAGAGACUCACAAUGGAGGGAGCCUGAAGGGGGGGUCGGGAUCCACCCAGUAGCACCAGCUGACCAUCGAAUAACCAGAACUUUUUUAGAAGAACCUGGAAUGUACUGUAACAUCAUCAAAAAAAAAAACUACAUUUCCGUAAGAGGUGCCUGCACACUUGAGUUACUCAUAACACCCAACGUGUGUAAAUUGUAGGUCAGCUGUUGCAUUUCUAUAAAGUUUACAUGAAUUUCUUUCGUUUUUCGUUAUCCAACAACAAUUCAAUAUGAGCAAACCUUCUGUGUUUUGGUUGCCAGCCUUUGAAGCGUGACUUUUCAGUUUAGUUUCAAGGAGAGCAAACAAACAAAAAAACAAACGACUUCUGCUUCAUCGGGUCUGAAGCAGAGACACAUCAAUGUCAUGGAUGAUAUGGAGCUCUGUAGACAUGUAGAAGACGGUUGACAACAAAUGGAACAACUUUAUGCAUAUUUGGAAGGCAGUUGUACAAAUAUCAGUCAAAUAUUUGCAUGCCUUUUGAACACUAGCACUUUAGUGCAUGUACAUACGAGCUUUAUUCAUUUGUGAUCACUCGGCUGUGGGGGGGGGGGAAAGAAAAAAAUGUCAUGAUGGGAACUCUCAAGCUGUUGUUUUUGUUGUCACAAGAUUUGCAUUGACUAAAACAAUGAGAAUUUUUAAGUGAGUUAUUGUACCUACCAGGCUGUAUUUGUACAGUUGUUACUAUUGGAUAUUAAUUACUUUUUCUUUUGAGAAGAAAAAGGGAUUGUGGGGAAAAAAAUGAAUGUUUUAAAUGAAAAG